AUGGUACCAAUGGUACGCAGUGUUGUUUGUUUAUUUCACUCAUGAAUGUUAUGUGUUUUGAGAUGUUUUUAAGCCUCCUCCAUUAUAGUUUAAACUGCAAAAAUUUAGAUUUAGACCUUGUGGAACUGACACUGAAUUUUAGGAGCGAUUUAAGACAAGAAUGGUCUUAACCUUUUCCACACAGGAAAAAGCACGUGUAAUGAAGCGACAGAAGCUACCGGCUACAAACGCUCAAACGCAAGUCGUGGAGAUUACAGACGAAGCAGAUCAAGAAGCCGGUGCAGCUAAGAAGAAUACGGAAGAUGUCAUUCUUUUACCGAGGGAAAUCGCUUCAAAAGUUUCGAGAUGGCUCCUCACAAAAGGGGUUUCCCAAACAUUCUUUGCUAAAAGGGUAGUGAAUAGGUCCCAAGGUUCUUUCUCAGACUACAUCACAAAAGCGCCAAACGAGCUGCCAAAAACACAUGGCCGGGCAAUAUGGGUAACCUUGAACGCUUUUUCUAAACGACCCCAAACAGCAAGCCGCAUUGAUCGAUGA